UUAGAGUUAUAAGCUAAUAACUAUAGCAUUAAUGGUUUCACGUAGCAUAUUCCAGCUUCAGGUUUUUCUCAUCUUUGCUCUUGCAACAACAGCUUUCUCAUCAGUAUUGUCUCCUUAUUACUAUGAGAAAGUGUGUCCAAAAGCCUUGCCAACUAUCAAACGAAUAGUGGAAGCUGCUGUUUACAAGGAACGCCGCAUGGGUGGCUCUCUUCUACGUCUGCACUUCCAUGACUGUUUUGUUCAAGGUUGCGAUGCAUCAAUUCUCCUGGAUGCUACAUCCACCAUCGACAGUGAAAAGAAUGCACGUCCGAACCUAAAUUCCAUCAGAGGAUUUGAAGUCAUCGACCAGAUUAAGAAAGAGGUUGACAAAAUUUGUGGAUUCCCAGUUGUUUCUUGUGCAGACAUUUUGGCUGUUGCAGCUCGUGAUUCUGUUGUUGCGCUUGGAGGACCAUCAUGGAAGGUACCACUGGGCAGAAGAGACUCAACCACAGCUAGCAGGAACUUAGCCAAUAGCAACCUUCCAUCGCCAUUCAUGGACCUCCCAGCACUAAUCGAAAACUUCAAAAACCAAGGCCUCAACGAGAGAGACUUAGUGGCGCUCUCUGGUGGCCACACUCUUGGUUUCUCACAGUGUGUUCUCUUUAAAGAGAGAAUUUACAACGGAACAAACAUUGAUUCUGACUUCGCAAAAGAGCGAAGAAAGACAUGUCCACGUACAGGAGGGGACGCCAAACUUUCUCCUCUAGACCCAACAUUUGCACGCUUUGAUACUGCAUAUUUCUCCAACUUGAUAAAGAAGAAGGGGCUUCUUGAAUCAGAUCAAGCCCUUUUCAGCGGUGGCUCAACUGAUAAACUCGUAAAGACUUAUAACUAUAACCCAAAGGCUUUCUCUGCUGAUUUUGCCUACUCUAUGAUUAAGAUGGGGAACAUAAAAGUAUUGACAGGAAAGCGGGGUCAAAUUCGUUCAAACUGCAGGAAGGUGAAUCACUAGAGUGGUUAUAGUUCUUGUAUUUCUGUGUUCAAUUCAUUUAUUCUCAUUUGCAAGUGUAAAAAAAAAAUUGAGUGAGUGAAAUUGUUUGGGAGCAAUGUCUUGUUGAAUAAAAUGCUUAUUUUUUCGUAGGCUCGAUUUUGAGCCGAAAUA